AUGGCAAAUGCAAACUACACUGUGAAAAAUGUGGACAUCUUUAUAAUCACUGGAUUUGAUCACCUGCAAAACCAAAAACUCCUUGGAUUCCUCAUCUUAUUAACCUACAUGCUCAUAUUGCUUGGGAACAGCAUCAAUCUGUGUAUCAUAAUGACUGCCAGACAUUUACACAAACCAAUGUACAUAUUAAUCUGUAACCUUGCUGUCGUUGAUAUAAUGUACUCCUCUACCUGCAGUACAACCAUGAUCUCAGUGUUGCUGCCUGAGAUUAAAACUGUUUCAUAUUACUCUUGUAUAUCAAGGAUGUUCUUCUAUCAUCUUGGAGACAUCAAAGUAUGCAUGGCUCUGACCUUGAUGGCAUUAGACCGACUUAUUGCGAUUAGGUUUCCAUUAAGGUACCAGAGCAUUAUAACAAAUGCACGAGUAAUUCAGCUUAUUUUGAUGACCUGGAUUGUUAGUUUCACUGUAAUGGGUGUUGUGACACAUGUGGCAGAUAGUCUUCCUUACUGUCAGCCUGUUAUCAGAUAUGUGUUUUGUGACUAUCCUUCUAUGAUCAGAGCUGCUUGUGUUAAUCCUGAACCCUAUUUCUUUUUGCCUACAAUGAUUAAUCUGUGGCUAAUAUUUGGAGAGUUUCCUUUUAUUUUGUGCACCUAUGCUGUAAUGGCAUACAGUGUGGCCAGACUCUCCAAUAACUCGAGCAAAAGGCAAAUGAUCAACACAUGCUCAAGUCAUCUUAUUGUCUUGUUUAGUUAUUAUGCACCAAAGAUAGUCUCUAAUUUACUAACUCGAAUAGGAGUUGUGUUAAAUUUAACAGAGCGAAAUGCAAUGUUGAUUGUAGCCUCUCUUGUUCCACCUCUAAUAAACCCCACCGUUUACUCCAUCAGGACUAAAGAAAUCAGAAAACGAUUAGCAAAUGUGUUUUGGGGUAAAGAAGUGGCACCUAACAAUAUUAAGGUUAUAUUUUUACAGAUGAUUGUAGAAAACAGUAAAUAA